AUGACCUGUGGAGCUAGGAAGGUCCUUCUCUGGCUGGUGUUCGUGCUGGCCGCUGUCGCAGAGCCAGGCUGCGGAGCUAGCGACCACCUUGGGCUCCUACAGCACGCGCUGCACGGCAGCGCCGGCUCAAUUCUGUCAGCCCUGGCGAGCAGUCUUCGCUCCCCUAGCCUCGAUGGGGAGAAUGUGCGAGCGCAGGUAGAGCAGCUGGUGGAGCUGGCACAAACUCCGUGUCCACCAUACUCAUACCUCAGCACGUUCCAGCCCGUCGUCCACGGUCUGCUGGAGACCGCCCAGCGUGUUCUCACCCAAAUCCAAGAGGAGCAUCAAAAGGCCCAAGCCAGCCUCGAUGCCCUUCGAAGCAGCCUGACGCACAGCAGCUGUGAGCCGGAGGCUUCCAACCCGCAGCUGACGACGGAAGAGGCAGCGGUAAAGAGCCGCCUCGCCAAGUGCCUGAGCGUGAUGGCACUGCGCCUGAAUGAAUCUGCAGCGCAAUGGAAGCGAUCCUUCACCACCUGGAGGACGACGGAAUGUCACGUCGAGUUUCUUCGAGCUCAAGUCUCCAACUGCAACAAUGGCAGCACCCCGUCCGCUCCGCUCUCGAGAAGCACGGUCCCCUCCGCCCCGUCCAUGCCACGCUGGAGAAGGCGAAGGAGACGGCGCGGAGGAAGGCGGUGGAGAAGACCCUGGAGAAAAGGCGAUGUUACUUAUGGAGCAAUGGGAGCAUCUGGCACACCGGAAGGCUGCGCCGAAAUAGUCGUCAACACCUCGAUGUUGGACUUAGUGUAUCCUCCGCUGCCAGAGACGGUGAGUUGCGACACUUCAGACAUCCAGAAAUGGGUCCAAGACUCUUGCAAUGUUACAGCUUAA